CUAAGUAGGGUUACUUGGACACUUUAUAAAGAAACUAAAAUUGAAAAGUUUCAUUAUUUUGUUGAAAAAAAUUUUUGAAAAUGUCUUGGAAUACUUUAUUAAUUUUAUUUUUAUUAAAUUAUUCAUUAAUCAACAUUAGUGCGAUUAAUGUGACCAACUUUCGGCUUCCGAACAAUACAAAGCCUCAUUUGUAUGAAAUAGAAUUUGAUUUUGAUUUUUUUGGUAAAUAUUUACCAGUUACAGGAAAAAGUUUUAUUCAUUUUGAAGUAAUAGAACCUACGGACACUAUUACUUUGCACAAAGCUAAUAAUGUUAAAAUUAAUGAAGAAUAUACAAAAGUCGAACAUCAAAAAAUUGUUGAACAAUCAUGGAGUUCAGAAGAAGUUUAUAAAAUAAAAUUAAGCAAUUAUUUGACACUUGGUAAUUACAGUCUUGAAUUAAGAUGGAUUGUUAACAAUAGCAAUCCUAAAAACCUUGGAUUUUUUUAUUUUUAUGACAAAGAUAAAAACAGGCUUGUUGCUGGAACUAAAAAUUUAAUACCAGCUUACGCCAGAAGAGUUUUUCCAUGUUGGGACGAACCAUUUUAUAAAUCAAAAUUCAAGUUUUCGGUAAAACAUCCAAAGAAUUUAACUGCGCUGUCAAAUAUGCCGGAAAUAAAUCGUGAAUCUGACGGAAAUGAUAAAAUUUUGACGCAUUUUCAAGUAUCACCAAAAUUAUCACCGCAUUCGAUUGGAAUUGCGUUAACUAAUUUUGAUUUUAUCAAAAACCAACAUGGAAAUUUAACAUUCUUCUCUAUUAAAAAUAACUCGCACAAAAUUCAGCAUCUUUUAAAUAUAACAAGUAAAAUUUUGUCACGUUUGGAAAAUUACACGAAAAUUCCGUAUCCUGUUCCGAAAUUAGACGUCAUUAUUUUACCAUAUAUACCAUCUGGAUUGAAAAAUUUGGGCCUUAUGAUUCUCAAUUCUGAAGAAAUAAAUAUUCUGGAAGUUGAAUCUGAACUGGCGCUUCAUCAGUACAAAAAAUCUGAAGCUAUAAUUUUAGCGGAAGCGUUGAGCUUACAGUGGUUUGGUAAUCUUGUGACUCCAAUUUGGUGGGAUGAUUUGUGGCUGGCUUACGGGAUUAGCAAUUUUGUAGCUGCUGAAAUAAUUAACCAGAUUUUUGAAAAUGAAACCAUUAAAUCCAAAAAUUGGCUAACUAUUGACGCAUACAAAUCAUAUCACGGCUUAAUGUUACUGUCACCAAUUCGCUUCGCCAAUCCAAAAGGAAUUAAAAAACAAUUAGAUAGUUUCCAAAUUUCUCGAUAUGUUCAAAUGGUUCAAAUGCUAGAACACAUUGUAACUAACCAAGUUUUUCAAACUGGGCUUCAGAAAUAUUUAAAUAAAAAUAAAUUCAGUGCAGUUACAACUGAAGAUCUCUGGGACAGUUUCGCAGAUAAUAACAAGUUAAAUCUUAAACAAUUAAUGGAUCCAUGGUUAGAAACCCCCGGAUACGCUAUUCUAGAAGUCUCUCAUGACCAGAAGACUAAUUCUGUCAGAAUAGUCCAAAAAAAUGCCUUGCAAAAUUAUUCUAACGUCACACGGAUGAUUCCGAUAAAUUUUGCAACGAAAUCAAAUCCGAAUUUUUCAAAUACUACGCCUGUUUUUUGGAUGGAUCAAAAUGAGACUUUAAUUUCUUUAGUUGAUAAAGACGAUUGGAUUAUUUUUAAUGUUCAACAAUUAGAUCAGUAUCAAGUCACAUACGAUGAAGAAAACUGGCGUCGGAUUAUAAAUUACUUGAAUACAGAAGAUUUUUAUAAGAUACAUCCAAUAAAUCGGGCAAUAAUUGUCUCAGAAUUGAAUGAAAGAAUCAUAAAUGAUGAAAAUUUAGAUAUAAUUUUUAAUCUGCUGGCAUAUUUACGCCGUGAAAAAAAUUUACUACCUCUCUGGAGUGCUUACAAUUUAAUAUUUAAAUUAUCCGGACAAUUAACUCGGCCGUUGGUUCAUAGCUACAGUCAAUUCAUAGCUCUUAUUUUAGAACCUGUAAUUAGGAACCUUGAAGAAAGUAAUACAGUUGAUAAUUAUUUUUACAAAGAAGCUAAAUCUUUGAAAUUAUUAUUCAUGCGUAUUUUCUGCACCCUGAAAAGAACUGAGUAUUGCAAAAAUUUUGCUAAUGAAACUGUUGAUUAUAUUUUAACACAUCCUGCUGAACAAAUUUACCUUCAUGAUUAUUGUUAUUCUUGGACACUUUGUUCGGUAUUGAAUGAAUAUGAUGAAGAUCAAUGGAAUUAUUUCUUUUCUAAUCGCUAUCCUUUCUUACAAAAUCAUUUAUACUGGAAAUAUACAUACCUGAAGUGCGCAAGGUCGGCUACGGUGGUUCAAAAGUACUUUCCGAAACUUUUACAAGACAAUAUUGCCACUUCUGUAGAUCAGUUCAUGAUGAUCUUUAAUUUUGUCAUGAAAUAUGCCGAUGAGGAUAUAAUUCAGAUAAUGAUGGAAUAUUUUAUAGAUAACUUUGACUUGCUGCAAGAAAGAUUCAGGGAUAAAUUAUUCAACGAAGUUGUUUUUAAUAUGAUAAUAGAGUUCAGUGAUUUUAUUAAAAGCGAAACACAAUGGAGCGAGUUAACAAAGUUUUUAAUUUUGAAAAGGCAAGAGCUUGAUGAACAGUACAACUUUUCUAUAGUAGAUGAUAUGAAUGAUCAUGGAGGACCAAGGAUCAAGGAUCAAGGAUCAAGGAUCAAGGAUCAAGGACCAAGAACCACAGAUGAAAAAUGUGAAGAUUCAGCCAAGGGACCAAACGACAAAGCCAAGGACAAAGGAUUCCGAGACGAGGACCAGUCAAACGAAGCAAGCAGCCACAUUCAACGAAGGACACAUGAGAGUAUUAAUCAGUGCCCCCCAUAUUUAACCAUACCUAAAUAA